CCCGGAAGUAGAGCUCUUCGUUCACUAGCGUACCAAGCUAACUCAUUUCGUAUGCUACUGGAAGACAUGGGGGCUGUGUUUCACAGCCAUUACUGACAGCGGUACGGCUGAGAGUCCACUUAUAAUAGGAAGUAAAUCGGAGACCCUUUUUUAAUAUUAAGCUGUCAGGUCGAGCCUGAACAUGGAGUCCAUGCUGAACAAAUUGAAAAGCACUGUCACUAAGGUGACAGCCGAUGUCACUAGCGCUGUUAUGGGUAACCCUGUGACACGGGAGUUUGAGGUCGGGCGACACAUUGCAAGCGGAGGUCCCGGCUUGAGCUGGAGGAUCUAUAAUGGCACCAAGAAGUCCACCAAACAGGAAGUAGCAGUUUUUGUUUUUGACAAGAAAAUGAUCGACAAGUAUCAGAAAUUUGAGAAGGACCAAAUCAUCGAUUCACUGAAAAGAGGCGUGCAACAGUUAACCAGACUGCGUCACCCCCGUCUCCUAACUGUUCAGCAUCCCUUGGAAGAGUCACGAGACUGCUUGGCAUUCUGUACAGAGCCGGUGUUUGCCAGCCUGUCCAACGUGCUUGGCCAAUGGGACAACCUGCCCAGCCCUGUGCCCAGCGACAUCAAGGAGUACAAGCUCUAUGAUGUGGAGACCAAGUAUGGCUUGCUACAGAUCUCGGAGGGUUUGUCCUUUCUCCACAGCGGGGUGAAAAUGGUCCAUGGCAAUCUGUGUCCAGAGAACAUUAUCCUCAACAAGAGUGGUGCGUGGAAGAUCAUGGGUUUUGACUUCAGCAUCUCCUCUAACAACCCGUCAGAUGCUGAGCCCAAGUACACAUGUAAAGAGUGGCAGCCCAACCUUCCUCCACUCUGCCUACCCAACCCAGAGUACCUGGCUCCCGAGUACAUACUGUCGGUUAGCUGUGACGCUGCCUCUGACAUGUAUUCUCUGGGCGUGGUCAUGCAUGCUGUCUUCAAUGAGGGGAAGCCUGUUUUCCAAGUCAACAAGCAUGACAUUUUUAAGAGUUUCAGCAGGCAGCUGGACCAGUUGAGCAGCAUGAGUCCAGCGGUGCUGAGCAAGAUCCCAGAGGAGGUGCGGGAGCAUGUCAAAAUGCUGCUGAGUGUCACACCUAAUGUCCGGCCUGAUGCCGACCAGAUGACUAAGAUCCCAUUUUUUGAUGAUGUUGGUGCAGUCACGCUGCAGUACUUUGAUUCCCUCUUCCAGAGGGACAACCUACAGAAGUCCCAGUUCUACAAAGGACUCCCCAAAGUCCUACCCAAGCUACCAAAGAGAGUGGUUGUAUAUCGCAUCUUGCCAGCUUUGACCUCUGAGUUCGUCAAUCCGGACAUGGUUCCCUUUGUGCUUCCCAACGUGCUGCUGAUUGCUGAAGAGUGCACCAAGGAGGAGUAUGUUCGCCUCAUCCUGCCCGACCUCACGCCUGUUUUCAAGCAGCAAGAGCCUAUUCAGGCUAGCAAUAUGAUUCUGCUGAUAUUCCUGCAAAAGAUGGACCUACUGCUGACUAAAACGCCACCAGAUGAUAUAAAGAAUAGUGUGCUGCCCAUGGUCUACAGAGCUCUGGAAGCCCCUUCAGUACAGAUCCAGGAGCUGUGCCUCAACAUCAUCCCAACCUUUGCAAACCUGAUUGAUUACCCAUCUAUGAAGAACUCUCUCAUCCCUCGGAUCAAAUCAGCCUGCCUACAGACAUCCUCACUUGCUGUGCGAGUGAACUCUCUCGUGUGCCUGGGGAAGAUUUUAGAAUAUCUAGACAAGUGGUAUGUCAUUGAUGAGAUCCUGCCCUUCCUGCAACAGAUCCCCUCUAGAGAACCAGCAGUACUCAUGGGCAUCUUAGGGAUCUAUAAGUGUACAUUCAGCCACAAGAAGCUGGGCAUCCCCAAAGAGCAUCUUGCUACCAAGAGUUUGCCCCACCUCGUCUCCCUCAGUAUAGACAACAACCUCAAUCUCAAUCAAUUUAACUCUUUCAUGAUGGUUAUCCGUGACAUGCUGAGCCGCAUGGAGACAGAGCACAAGACCAAGCUGGAGCAGCUACACAUCAUGCAGGAGCAGCAGAGGAGCAUGAACAUAUCAAAUCCACUCAGCCAAGCAGAGGAGAACAAGAGCCCACCUAAUUCUGGCAACCAGAUUGAUGACAUCUUUGGUGGCACAGGGGUUCAUGGGAAGGAAAAUGGAUCUGCAGCACCAGUCUCACAGCCUAACAGAGUGUCUCUCACACUAGAAGAGAAGCAGCGAUUGGCUAAAGAGCAGGAACAGGCAGCCAAACUGAGGAACCAGCAGCCGUUAGCGCCACAGACGAUCAAACCAGCCACUGCUGCCUCUAACUCGCAGACUAAGGAUCUGACCAGCAGCCUACUCAGCAACAUGACAUCUCUGUCCAUGGCAAACACAGCACGACCAGCCCCAGUGCAGGGAUCCACCAUGUCUGCAUUCCCCUCCUCCGGUCCAAUGGUCGGCUCCAUGGGAACCUCGGUCUCAAACGGUUUUAACCCAGCUAUGGGCUUCCAGACAGGAGGCAUGGGGAUGGGCAUGCGACCUGCAGGUCCCAGCCUCUACGGUGGAAUGGCCACCACCACCAGCACCCCAAACUUUGGAUCCCUCACACAGAAUCAAGGAACAACUGGACAAACAAAUAAACCUCCUGACAUGUCAGCAUUGGACAGUCUUUUUACAUCCAACAAGUCCAAAGUCACUCUUAACCAGAUCGGUCCCAAAGCUCCACCUGGAACCAGCAGCCCUUGGCUUGGUCAGUUUAAUUCACCCCAGAACCCUCAGACUCAGAUGCAGGGUGUGUCAGUUGGUAUGGGAGGGGUGCCCGGUGGGUUUGGGAUGCAAGCAAACCCUUUUUUCAGCCCUCAGAACUUUGCUCAACCUGCUGCUGCUGCCCCUAGCAUGAACCCAAGUGGGAUAAAACAUAGUGCAUCUGUCAACAAUGAUCUGAAAGACUUAUUUGGCUAAACAAGAAUUAAAGAGAGACUCCAGGUUAAGUAUAUUCUUUUAAUGACUGUGGACAGAAGAGCCUUGAAUUCUCAAAGAACAGGCCGACUGAAUGUGAAGAUUUAAAGUCCUUUCAAGGGUCUUACUGUUGGCAUUUUUAAUCUGACCUGGCUUAAGUUCUGACUCUCUCUGUUGGCAAACUAACCUGAAUUCCAUUUUUACUUGACUAGAAGGACAGAAUAUCGAGGUGAAAUUUCUUCUUCUAUGCUGGGGGUUUCCUACUGUUUUUGUACUUGACGUUCUUGGGAGUCCACAUGGGUUGACUUGAAUUCCAACUCAGAUUAUUCAGGAAGGGUUUGUGUUUAUAACAUGAAUGAUCGAGUGGAUGGACUGCAGUUCACUUCUUGAACACGUGACAUCUGAGUCAACACAAUUGGCAGAAAAAAUCUUUUUAAAAAGUGGUUACUGUGUGUCUCAUCUGGUCAUUUUCAGGCUUCCGUACCUUUAAUCCUGUUUGGAUUGUAAUCACCCCGUUAAUUUGCCGUUAUCGGUUGUUGUUAUUAUUCCUAUGACUGUUAACAGUAGGUAGUCACCUCACUGCUAGUGGGCUCAGUAGAGCAGGGCUGCUCAACAGGAAAAAUAGUGCAUAAAGAGGCAAGCAGGAAAGUGGAGGCAUAAUCUUCUAAUUUCUUCUAGGCUUGAUUUUUACUUUCACUUACUUUUUACUUGAAUUUGCUGCUUCUUGGCGUCCUUGUGCUGAUUAUGUUAGGUUAAAAAACUACUUGGGUAGGAAAAGAAGGAAUGCACUUCUUUAGACAGCCACUAGAGAGCUCCUGCAUAAUUGAGGUCUUUUCUGCUUAUUGCCAAUUAUGAUGGUAGUAGGUGGAUAAGGGUGCAUGCUGACUAUUUAUGGGACUGAUUACAACACAUAAUGGCUAGUCAGUGGGCUGAUUACAUCCAUGUGAACUAUACUGCUUUUCCAGACUGUUUUUUAGAAUUGCUGCAAGUCUAAAAUGAUCAGAGAGCUGGCUCGGAAACAAAUGCCACAAACAACAAAAUGUAAUCUAAAUGUAGACUGACAGUAGCUUGAAUUUUGGCUCUGAGAAGCUUGCAGUCUCUGAUCUGCAUCCCAGAGGCUCCUCUGUGGAGGAAGUCUGAGAGGGGGUGUCGAAUUGACAGCCCCACCGUUGCAGUUCAGGCUAGGAAAACCAAGUAGCUCCUCUGUAGUCUGUUUCUCUGCAGCCACAUUAAAGUAAGCAGUUUUGACUGCCCAGGCACCUUCUUUUGUAACAAGACCAGUUUCUGUAACCGCAGUAUGGAUGACUAACCUGUGUCGGAUGUGUGGAGUAACCAUUGAAGCAGUGUCCUUUUUAAAAAGGCACUACAUAAAGGAGUGUAUGCACUGCUUUUGCUAUUGUGCCUUACGUGGGUACAUAUUUAAAUCUAGACAGCACUCAUCUGUUACUCAAGUAUUAAUGUUUUCCGUCUUUAUCAGCUGUCUGGCACUUGCUUCUCUAACAACUUGCUUUGUUGCAUGUUACUCUCCUUGACCACAGAAGAUCUGAAGUUUAAUUAACAUCUUUUCUUAUGAUUCCUCAUGAUUCUAGUGACCAGUGAAAAAAUAUAUUAACACGUUUUUACUGAUGAGAUCUUUAAGGGACUCAGAAACUUCUGCGCUACCAUUUAUGUUGAUCAGUUUAUGAAAUAAAGAUUAUCACAAUAUAUUUUGAUUGUAGCACUUUUCAGCUAUCAGCAGACCUGUACUGGUGGCAUAUUAUGAAGUGUAGAUAAAUAGUUUAUUUAAAAGUGGAUUGCUCUGAGAGGGCCUUGCCAUUUUUUUUCUGUUGUGGUAAUAUUUAAGAGGCCUUAGCUGAGUUGUGUGCAAUAAUCACUGUCGGUUGUUAAGGGUGCAUAUGGAUUGGCUCAAACAGCUCUCUCUCCUUAACUAAAACUUUGUUUUGACCUCUUAUAACAUAGGUCUGUGAAAUUUUCUAAAGAAUUAGAUAUUAAUGUGUGCUCAUUCUAAAGCUUACAUUUUUCAAGAAUCACACAAUUUUAGGGUUUUUAGGUGUACAUUGGUCAUACAGGUUUUUGUUUUUUCCAUAAUAAUGAUGAUGAUUGUUUAAAA